AUGAGCGAUUGGAAACAGCUGCGUGUGCUGUUGGUCGCGGCGCCCCGCGGAAAAUCGUCCGGCAAAAAACCGCCCUACCCUCUAGACGACCUCGCGCUAUUCGCCACGGGGCUUGGGACGGGGCUCGAGGCCAUCAUGGUCAAGUUUUUCGGAAUCGUCUACCUCUAUUUCACGCGGCCGCCAGAGGUGUGCCUCACGCCGGGAUGUAUACACACUGCGUCGGUGAUCCUCUCCUCGAUGAACGCCUCCGUCGACCCGUGCGAUGAUUUCUACGCGUACGCCUGCGGCCAGUGGAUAAAGGGCCACCCCAUCCCCGACGACGCACCAUCAGUGUCCAAUUUCGAAAAUCUCGGCCAGGAUCUUGAGUUUGCACUAAAAGAACUUCUCGAGAGCAAAGAAGAGGUGCACGACGCGGAGAGCGCCGUCAACAAGGCCAAGCUCUUCUACAAUUUGUGCCUGAAUGAGAGCGAGAUCAGCGACACGUGGCGCGAGACGUUUGACGAGGUGAUGAAGACGUUCGGCGGCUGGCCGAGUCUCGGCGCGCACAUCGACGAGAGCACCUCCAUCGAGCGGUUGUACGCAAAGAUGGUGGCCAAGUACCGGGCUGAUUCGCUGUUCAAGGCCACCGUCCAGCCGGAUGACAAGAACUCGGAGAAGCACGUGCUGUUGGUAGACCAACCGGCGCUGAACCUGUUCGCCCGCGAUUUCUACAUCAUGGCCGAGAACGAGGAGCGGCUGGCGUACGUGACCUUGAUACGUGACGUGCUGGUCCACCUGCACGCCCGGCCCGACAUUGCCAUCAACGACGCCAAGGAGAUUAUCGAGUUUGAGACGGACCUGGCAAAUAUCACAAUGGCCGACGAGCAACGGCACGACAUUGCCGAGCUGUACACCAAGCUGAGCAUCGGCGACCUCAGCCGGAAGCUGCCCAACUUCAACUGGCUCCUCUUUUUCAACUCGAUGUUUGAGGAUAUUCGAACAAAGAACGGAACAACCAUCAGCUUCGACUACAGCACCGAGGUGGUCGUCUACGGCGUAGAGUUUUUGGAGCGACUUGACAAGAUGCUACCUAAAUACAACAAGCGCCGCAUCGUCAACUACCUGGAGUGGUGCUGGUUUUUCAAGACGAUGCUCCGCGACCUGCCCGACCCGUUCGCGCUGACCAUCUUCAAGUUCUACAAGACGCUGAACUUGAUGAACGUGCAAAAAGUUCGGUGGCACGGCUGCGUGACUCGGAUAAACUCGCUGAUGCCGAUGGCCACGUCGUCGAUCUACGUCAAGUACCAUUUCGAUCACGAUUCGAAGCAACAAGUUGAAGAAAUGAUCUCAUUGAUCAUGGACGCGUUUGUCGACCUUUUGGUGCACGAAGAUUGGCUGACACCGGAAACGAAAGCGUUCGCCAAGCAAAAGGUCAAAACGAUGAAGCAGAAAAUCGGCUACCCCGAGUACCUCAACGACGAGGUGGCCGUGAACAAGGAGUACGAGCACUUCAACGCAUACCCCGGAAACUACUACAAGACAAAGUUCCAAUUCUACGAACAGUACCAGAAGGACGUGCUCGAGCGCAUCGUGCAACCGGUCGACAGGGAGAGAUGGGUCGCUGGCGCGGCGCUGGUCAACGCCUUCUACUCGCCGAAUACGAAUGAGAUCAUCUUCCCCGCCGGAAUCCUGCAACCCGUUUUCUACUCCAAGGACUUCCCAUCGUCGAUGAAUUUCGGUGGAAUCGGGGUGGUCAUUGGCCACGAGAUUACCCACGGAUUUGACGAUCGAGGCCGACUCUACGACAACCUGGGCAACAUCCGACAAUGGUGGGACAACCAGACGAUCGCCAACUUCGAGCGCAAAGCGGAAUGCAUUGAAGACCAAUACAGCAGCUACAUCCUCGAGCAGAUCAACAUGCGCAUCAACGGGCGGUCGACGAAGGGCGAGAAUAUCGCUGAUAACGGCGGCCUGAAACAGGCUUAUAGGGCGUGGAAGCGGUACGAAGCGUCUCAUCCUCCACCGGCAAGAUUGCCAGGCGUCAACCUUACACAUGAUCAGCUCUUUUUCCUGAACUAUGCGCAGAUCUGGUGCGGCACGAUGAACGACAAGGAGGCGUUGCGCAAGCUGCGGACGUCCGAGCACUCGCCCGGUCCGAUUCGAGUGAAGGGACCGCUCUCGAAUUCGCAGGACUUUGCCCAGGCCUACCAAUGUCGGCCCGGAGCCCCGAUGAACCCAGAAAAGAAGUGUAGGGUCUGG